UAAUUGAAACCAGAAGAAAAAUAUACAUAAUCGGAUUUUUUUCCUUCUUAUUCAUCGUUCAAUUCAAUCACUCGCCGAGUUUUCGUCCGGAUGCUCCGAAUCGUUGCUGUCCAUCCACGCGCCGGCGACCUUCCGUUCUGAUUCUCGGCUGUUAGGUUCUUCAGAGAGAAGGGAGCCUCACAUAGAAAUCAUUUUAUGGUGCACCGAUGAGAAGAACUGAUGUUAUUGGCAGUAGAAGGAGGAGGAUUCUUCUCUGCUUCGGCUUCAGGGUAUACUAAGGGCCUGAGCCUUCUCCUCUUGGGUCAGAGGGAUGAGGAUAAACCCAUGAGAGUAGCUCCGUGGAACCAGUACCAGUUGGUAGACCAAGAAACUGACCGCGAGCUCCAGCUGGCUUCUACAAAGAAUCGCCUCACCCGCGGCUGUGCCUCCUUUGUUUGCUUUGGUCGCACUUCCGCAGGUCUUGAUACUCCGUCUCCUCUUAAAGUGGGCCCUGCCCAGCAGCAUGAAGUCUCUCCAGGACCUUUGGUUUCCAACAAGGGAAAUGAUCCUUCCGCACCACUCGAUGAUGGAAAUGAUAAUAGAAAGCUUACACUUAAAAGUAGCAUAAAGAAGCCGCAAAUUGUUAAACCCGUUCAUGUUGAGGCUGCUAGUGAGCAGGAAGCAGCAGGUGGACAGGGGAUUUGUGCUCCUGGUGGUCAAGCAGAAAGAAGGAAAGUGCAGUGGACUGAUAACUGUGGUAGCGAGCUUGUUGAAAUUCGAGAAUUUGAGCCCAGUUCAGCACUCCCUAGUAGGUUGGACUUUUGAAAGUCUGUGGCCCUUCAGUGACUAAUGGUCCUAUCCCGUGCAUCUGUUUCUGGACCUGGUGGUUGUUGGUAUCAUAUUUUUGGUAGACUGGAUAUGGCAAAGAAUGCAUCUAUGGUCUUUUGAAAUGUUUUCAGGAGAUAGGGUUGUAAUCUAAUUCCCAAGGGACUUUGUAAAGGAACGUGCUUUGUUUUUUAGAGCCGAGCAGGUUGUAGUUAAUUCUAAUUGAGGGAUGAGAACAUUGAAUUCUCACUAGUGGUUUUUGCAUAUGCCACAUCAGCAAAUUUUUGCAUUAUUAUUUCUUGUGUCAGUAUCCAAUAAAAAAUAGAAUAAAUGUAGGAAUUCUAUUUAAAGAGGCAAGAAUCCAUACUUGUUUUAAAUUGCGUGUCACUUCAGGUUUAUGUAAUGCAUGUUGUAGUGAUAGGAAACCUUGAGGUUAUGUUUCUCAUUUUGUUCAAUAUUGCUGUUUAUAUCUUUAACGAGUACAUUAUAAAUCAGACCAUGCUACUAUUAGUUUGUCAAUUAACUGUCUUGUGAUGACACUGGCACGGAGUUGGGGUGGGAAGUACCUCCUAAACCCCAACCCUGUCUAUUAUCUCCCUACUCCUAUUUCCUCACUCUUCUCCUGUUCCCAUCCUUGAUUCCAUGUGUUAAUAUUUUCCCAUCCCUGACCCUGAUUCCUUGAAGGUCCUCGUGUGACCUUGAAAUUGUAAAUAUUAGUAAUAAGUAUUCAGCAAACUCAGGUCUCCUUUAACAAAUUCCAAAUUGUCACAAAUAACAUUUAUAUAUUAGUUAUUAAUAGACACACUUAAAUAGAGAGAAUAAUUCUCAUUUUAAAGAUGUGAGGAUAAUAUUGUGAUUAUACAUACUUAUAUAUGGGCAGUCAAGAAUAAAAAUUAGUGAUCACAUUGUCAUUUAAAAGUCUUGUACAUUUAUCUUAUAAUUAAGAAUUUUCAAUAAAAUCUUAAAGAGUCAUAUCGCGUAAUUAAUUUUAGCCGAAUAAGAGUGAUAUUUUUCAUUCUUCAUAUGUGGAAACCCUGGAUAGGUUUGCAAUCCUCAAUUCUCUGGAUUUUUGGCUGUACUACCUUUAUCUAUUCGUACAUGUUUAUAACUUUUUUCCUUGUUAUGUGUAUUUUUGUUUUCAUGUUUUAUUAUCUACUUGUAAUUCAAUACGUU